AUGGCAAAAACUACACGUCCAGUGCCACUGGACAGACUAAUCCGUCAGAAUGCGAGAUACUAUGCUAAACAAUUGGAAUACGCACUUUUCCCAGUGCUCACUAAAGAGAUUUUGUUCUUCUUGACACUGUGGACGGUACUGGAUGCUUUGGAAUUGAACUUCAUGAAUCUGACACCAAAGAUGAUUGAGAAUUUCGCAUUUGCAGUAAUUGGAAAAUCGCUCCUCGCCCAAACCUUCCUUUCUCUUCUCCUCGGCACCAUCACUGCACUUGCCAUAACUACAGUAAUUCGUUGCUCAUUGACUCUGAUGCUCUACUACAACGGCUGGUUAUUCGAGGAAAUUGGCAAGGAGCCAAGCUUGGCUACAAAAAUUUUCAUGGUCACCCUCGGAUUCAUUUCGAAGAGAGCCACGUUCUUCGCCUAUCAAGGGAUCCUUCCAUGGCUGCUGCCACCAAAAGUUGAGGAUACAGUUGCCAAAUAUUUGGUGACUAUGAAACCGAUUCUGUCGGAGAAGGAGUACGAGGAGAUGGCUGAACAAGCGGAAGAAUUCAAGAGUACUGUAGCUUCAGGACUUCAGAAUAAGCUUUGGAUGAAAUGGGCAGUCUCGAAGAAUUAUCUCUCCGAUUGGUGGAAGGAAGUUGUCUACAUGCGUUAUCGUGACUCUCUUAUCCGUACCAACGUCGGAUGCGCUGACGUCAUCUACCAAAAGACCACUUCUAACCAAGCCGCCCGUGCUGCCUAUGUCACUCUCAACCGUCAGCAUUUCUGUAAUGACAUCUUCAAAUCAGAAAAAAUGAAGCCAGUGUCUCUAGGAGGAAUUCCAUUGUGCGCUCAACAAUACGCUGAGUACUACCGUACUCUUCGGAUUCCAAGCGAGACCAGCGACAAAAUGAUUAGACUCCCGGAUGCUAAGCACAUUGCUGUUUACCACAAAGGAUGCUGGUACAAAAUCGACAUCUUCCAUGGCAAACGAAUGAUCAAGGCUUCGGAAUUGGAGAAGAGUUUCCAGAUGAUUCUCGAUUCAAAGGAUCACAAAUCUCAAUCUGGAGAAAAGUACUUGUCAGCGAUGACUAUUGGACCGAGAGAUCUAUGGGCAAGGAUCAGAAACGAGAAAUUCUUCAAGGGCGGAGUCAAUCAGGAAUCGUUGACUUUUAUUGAGAACUCGUUGGAAAUUGUGUUUUUGGAUGAGGAGGAGAGAUUCUUCGAUGAGAAUGAUUCGAAGAAAUAUGGAAGAGAGUACGCUAGAGCGCUUCAUGGUGAUGGAUACAUGUUGUGGUGUGAUAAGCCAAGCGUCUACAUUUUCAGUAAAAAUGGAAGGUUCUCUUCGAACGCCGAGCACUCACCAUGCGAUGCAAUGAUCUAUGUCCAAGUCCGUGAAUACAUCAAGUACCACGAAGAAUUUGAACACCCCUAUGGACCAGAUGGACACUGUGUUGGAUCCAUUGAACACGUGCCACAUCCCGAAAGACUUUGCUGGGAUAUGGAUCAGGAGACAUUGGACGCCAUCGACGAGGCCUACAAGACAUCGAAACACGUGGCAGAAGACUUUAGCAAUGCGAACGUGGUGUUCACAGAAUACGGAAAGGAUUUCAUGAAGAAGGCUCGUGUGUCUCCAGAUGCCUAUAUUCAGAUGGCUCUACAAAUGGCAUAUUUUAAGGAUCAAGGGAAAUUCGAACAGACUUAUGAGCCAGCUGUCAUGCGGUUAUUCAAGGAGGGAAGGACUGAAACAGUAAGAUCAUGUUCGAUUUGGUCUUGUGACUUUGUGAGGACAAUGUUGAAAAAGGAUGUAGACUCGAAGAAGAAAUUGGAGAAGUUGAAGGAAGCAUGUGAUCAUCAUCAGGAUUAUUAUAGAACUGCUAUGGCUGGAAAAGGAGUCGACCGUCACCUCUUCGCUCUUUACGUCGUCGCGCGCUACUUGGAAAUCAAAGUUCCAUUCCUUGACAACGUCUUCAAGCGAAACUGGUCACUGUCCACUAGCCAAACCCCACAACAUCAGAUGGUCGAGUAUGCAAAAGCGCUGAAUAAAGAGCCCUCACUAUUCUGGCCUGCUGGAGGAUUCGCUUGCCCUGAUGGAUCCAAUUAUGGUGUUUGCUACACUAUCGGAACCACUGGCGACCGAAUGAGCUUCCAUGUGACAACGUGGAAUUCGAUGGAGAACACGGAUGCCGAUCGAUUCUUGAAGCAUAUUCUGGAGAGUUUGAGAGAGAUUCGAGAGGUUGUCGAGGAAGCGACGAGGGUGUAA